AUGAUUAAACGAAAAAUAUUCCCUAGAAGAAAGAGAAAAUAUUACAAAACUAGACACCUCACUCAUUGUCCCAAUUUAGAAAGGAUUGAUUGUCAAAACAAUCAAUUUACUGAAUUAACGGCUCAGCAAUUAGCAGAUUUUAAGGUCGCGAAAGAAAAUUUAACACGCGACCUCCAAAAUAAAAGUAAAAAAAUCGUUGAGUUAGAAACAAGUUUAGAUGAAACUCGUGAAACAUGGGGGCCACCAAAAAAAGUAGCUUUUCUUGAAAAAAAUCUUGAACAAUCGACUAAUGUGCAAAAGCAAUUGGUUGAGCAGAAUUCCUCGCUAAAAAAAGAAGUGGUUAUUGCCGAAAGAAAACUCCAUGCUCGCAAUGAACGCAUUCAGGCUCUAGAGGACUUAUUGCAAAAUGCACAAGAAAAAUUUGGAACCCAAAACAAAAAGUUCGAAGCACAAUUACAAACAGUCAGGGAGAGAUUGGAACAAGCAAGAAGCCAAAAAACAAAAGCCAUGACUUCAUUAAGUUUUGGUCGAAUAGCAAAGCCAUUGCGUAGCAGUGAAUUAGAGAUCGAAACUCAACCAAAUCAACAAUUCCAAGAAUUCUCCAACCUCUUAUUCCCUAAUCAACCUUAUAACUUUGACCAAUUAAAACAAGAAAUUACCCGCCUCAAAUACCACGAACUCGCUCCGCAACUUUGCAACAAAAGAACUGAAUUCGAACAAUUAAUUGCUGAGGUAAAAAACAAAGCCGGGAACUCAGAAAAAAUAAUUGACUUGCUCUUAGAAACCUAUCAACAAAAAGAACAAGCCACUGAAACUUCCCAAAAAGAUAAACUAAGUGGUAAAAUUGAAGCUUACCAAAACGUCCUUGAAGGAAAUUUAACCAAAGAGGAAUUACAAACUCUCUUAAACAAGCAAAUCGAGUUGUGCCAACUAGAAAAACAUUUAGCCAGUUUACAAAUUAAUGAGCAAGUGGCUCAAAUUAUCCAACCAACCGUUCUACCUUUCAAAAAAUAA